AGGAGCCUGUUUCUCUACUUCUAGCUCCUUUGCCUCUCUCUCUCAGGUGACUGCUUUGCUUCUUCCCUUACCUACCAAGGAUGCCGAGAAAAGGGAUUAGAAGACUCCUCCCCUCCCACUUCUCUUUCCAUCAUCAUGAUGGCCGAUCCCCUGCUCCGCCUUCUCCUCACCAGCAGCAGCAGAGCUCCUCCGCCACCAUGAUGGAGGAGAAGGUGACGGCCGUGGAGGCCAUCAUCACCAAGUGGGACCCGGACGCCGCCUCCUUCGCCAAGAUCACCUCCCUCUUCUACGAGGACCGCGCCGAGGCCCACCGCUUUCUCCUUGCCGUCUCCGACCUCCAGCGCGCCAUGCUCGAUUUCGUCUCUGACAAGGGGAACCUGGUGUCGGGAUCCGACACGCUGGUCCUCGCCCAGAAUCUGAUGCAAGCCGCCAUGCGCCGCCUCGAGAAAGAGUUCUACCAGAUCCUCUCCGCCAACCGCGACCGCCUCGACCCGGAGUCCGUCUCCGCCCGGUCGUCGGGCUCCAGCGUCUCCGACGCCGAAGACGAUGCCGGUGGGUCACCGGAGGAUGACAUCCGUGCCGCCGGGGAGUCCAUCGGCGAGGUCGAGCUUGCCGCCGCUGUUGCCAUGGCUGACCUCCACGCAAUCGCUGAGACCAUGAUCUCGGCCGGGUACGGGAAGGAAUGCUUCCGGAUCUACAAGAUCCUCCGCAAGUCCAUCAUCGACGAGUGCCUCUACCGCCUUGGUUUCGAGAAGCUUCGCCCGUCCCAAAUCCAGAAGCUGGACUGGGAGUCGCUCGACUCAAAAAUCCGAACUUGGCUCGGUGCGUCUCGGGUCGCCGUGAAGACGCUCUUCUCGGGCGAGCGGAUACUCUUGGACCACGUCUUCUCCGGGUCCGAUUCCAUCCGGGAGGCAUGCUUCGCGGACAUCGCUAGAGACGCCGCCGUCCAAUUCCUCAGCUUUCCCGAAUUGAUGGCAAAAUCGAAGCGGUCGCCGGAGAAGAUGUUCCGGAUAUUGGAGCUCUACGAUGCAAUCGCCGAGCUCUGGCUGGAGAUCGAGCCCGUCUUUUCUUUUGAAUCCACCGCGGCGGUUCCAACUCAGGCGCUGAAUUCGCUUGUCAAACUCGGCGAAGCGGCCCGGGCCACCAUCGCCGACUUCGAGGCGGCCAUGCAGAAGGACACCUCCAAAUCGCCGAUCCCCGGUGGUGGGAUCCAUCCGUUGACCCGCCAUUCUAUGGACUUCGUCGCCUUGCUUGCUGACUACGACGCCGCUUUGGCGGACAUCUUCGCCGACUCCUCUGUUCACGUGCCGUCCGCGCUUCCGGAAAUUUUCUUGGACACGUCGCAGGCGUCGGCACCGCCGUCGCCGGCUCCCUCCUCCGCCGCCUCCACCUUCAAUUACGAGGAGAACCCUGGGUAUCCGGUCGCCGUUCGGCUCGCACGGCUUAUUCUUGUACUCCUCUGCAAGCUUAACGACAAGGCAGAGCUCUACCGGGAGGUGUCGCUAUCCUAUCUCUUCCUCGCUAACAAUCUUCAGUAUAUAGUGAACAAGGUUCGGGGGAGAUUUGAUUUUUGA